GUUUAAUAUGCCAGCGUUUUUUAAAUUUUAAAAAUCCAAGAAAUAUAUAUUGGGGUAUUAAGACGAGAAAAUGGGUAGAUAUGAGGAGUAUUUUAUAUAGAAACUAUGGGGGAAAAUCGCUUCCAACACAUAGAAUAAUUGGUAUGCCAGCCCUUUCACCGACUAUGUCAUCAGGAACAAUUGGAGAAUGGAAGAAGAAGGCGGGAGAAUCGAUUUCACCGGGAGAAAUAUUAGUAGAAAUUGAGACAGAUAAGGCACAGGUAGAUUUUGAGUUUCAAGAAGAAGGAUAUAUAGCAAAAAUAUUGCUUGAAUCGGGAACAAAAGAUGUAGAAAUUGGAGCGCCUAUUGCGAUUUUGGUAGAAGAAGAAUCAGAUAUAGAAGCGUUUUCUAAUUUUACUGUUAAUGAUGUAAAAAAAGAAGGAAAGGCGGUUUCUAAAGAAAAGGAAGAUUUGAAGGAGGAAAAACAGUCUACGGAAAGUCCUAGGAAAGUAGAAGAGGUAACAUUAUUAAGAGAAGAAAAACCGAGCGAUCGAAUAUUUGCAAGUCCAAUUGCUCGUUUACUAGCAGCAGAAAAGGGAAUUCCCUUAGAAAAAAUCAAGGGAACGGGACCUAAAGGACGAAUAAUUAAAUUUGAUGUUGAUAACUUUGAAUUUGAACCGGUAUCUGCAGUACAACCAGCAGCGAUCCAACCAGCAGUAACCCAACAAGGGUUGUAUACAGAUAUUCCCUUAACAAAUAUUCGCAAAACAAUUGCUUCUAGAUUAGCGGAAUCUACACGAAAUACACCUCAUUUCUAUGUUACUGUUUCAAUUGUCAUGGAUAAAGUUGUUAAGUUGAGAGAAGCUCUUAAUAAUACAGCGAAUGGUCAAUAUAAAAUUUCUAUUAAUGAUAUUAUUGUUAAAGCAUCUGCUGUGGCACUUCAAAAAGUGCCAGAACUAAAUAGUGGAUGGUUUGGAGAUUUUAUUCGACAAUAUCAUUCAGUAGACAUAUCAAUUGCAGUUGCAACACCAACUGGUCUUAUUACACCUAUUGUCAAAGAUGUUCAAAAUAAGGGUCUUCUCAAAAUUAAUAAUGAAAUCAAGGAACUUGGAAAUAAAGCAAGAGAAGGAAAACUUAAACCUGAAGAAUAUCAAGGAGGAACUUUUACAAUUUCAAAUAUGGGAAUGUAUGGCAUUGAGCAAUUUACAUCAAUUAUAAACCCUCCUCAAUCAUCCAUUUUAGCUGUAGGUUCAAUUGAAAAUUUUCUUGUAGAAGAUCCUACUUCAGAAAAACAAUUCAAAACAGAAAAACGCGUGAAAGUAACACUAUCAUCUGACCAUCGUGUCGUAGAUGGCGCUGUUGCCGCAAAAUGGGCAACAACAUUUAAAUCUAUUUUGGAAAAUCCCUUAGAUUUACUAUUAUAAAAUAUGCCUUUAUUUUAAAUUAAAUUCUAUGUAACAUUUUGUUUAG